GUGAGGCGCCAUUUUAUCCCAAAUGCUCCUGCGGCAGCGUAGGCAUGCAGCUGUAGUUGUUUUGUUUUAAUGUGUGUAGGUUUUUAAGGUUUACUGGCUGUAUAUCGGUGGCUUCUUUUCUUCCUAAAGUGCUCCAAUAAUGUCUGCGGAAGGAUCGGCCGAGCAGGCAGCGGAGUACAUCCCCGAAAAGGUGAAAAAGGCAGAGAAGAAAUUGGAGGAAAACCCAUAUGACCUUGACGCUUGGAGCAUUCUGAUUCGAGAAGCACAGAACCAACCUAUAGACAAAGCAAGGAAGACGUACGAGCGCCUUGUUGCCCAGUUCCCAAGUUCUGGCAGAUUCUGGAAACUAUACAUUGAAGCUGAGAUCAAGGCUAAAAACUAUGACAAAGUUGAGAAGCUCUUUCAAAGAUGCCUCAUGAAAGUGCUGCACAUCGAUCUGUGGAAGUGCUACCUUUCAUAUGUCAGAGAGACCAAAGGCAAGCUGCCAAGUUACAAAGAAAAGAUGGCACAAGCAUACGAUUUUGCCUUGGAUAAGAUCGGAAUGGAAAUCAUGUCCUAUCAGAUAUGGGUGGACUAUAUCAACUUCCUGAAAGGAGUUGAGGCAGUGGGUUCAUAUGCAGAGAACCAGCGCAUCACAGCUGUACGAAGAGUCUACCAGAGGGGCUGUGUCAACCCCAUGAUCAACAUUGAGCAGCUCUGGAGGGACUACAGCAAGUAUGAAGAGGGCAUUAAUGUGCAUCUUGCCAAGAAAAUGAUUGAGGACCGUAGCCGAGAUUAUAUGAAUGCCAGGAGAGUGGCUAAAGAAUAUGAAACUGUGAUGAAGGGUCUGGAUAGGAACGCCCCAUCAGUCCCCCCCCAGAACUCCCCCCAGGAAGCCCAACAGGUGGAGAUGUGGAAGAAGUACAUCCAGUGGGAGAAGAGCAACCCACUGCGUACUGAGGACCAGACACUCAUUACCAAGAGGGUUAUGUUUGCGUACGAGCAGUGCUUGCUGGUGCUGGGCCACCAUCCUGACGUGUGGUAUGAGGCGGCGCAGUACCUGGAGCAGUCCAGCAAGCUGCUGGCUGAGAAGGGGGACAUGAACAAUGCCAAACUGUUCAGCGACGAAGCCGCCAAUAUCUAUGAGCGAGCCAUCGGGAACCUGCUGAAGAAGAACAUGCUGCUGUAUUUCUCCUUUGCUGACUAUGAGGAGAGCCGGAUGAAGUAUGAGAAGGUGCACAGCAUCUACAACCGCCUCUUAUCCAUAGAAGACAUCGAUCCAACAUUGGUUUACAUUCAGUAUAUGAAGUUUGCAAGAAGAGCCGAGGGCAUCAAAUCAGGCCGGACGAUCUUCAAGAAGGCGCGGGAGGACGCGAGGACACGGCACCACGUUUACGUGUCGGCCGCCCUCAUGGAGUACUACUGCAGCAAGGACAAAUCGGUGGCCUUUAAGAUAUUUGAGCUUGGCCUGAAGAAAUAUGGAGAUGUUCCAGAGUACAUACUGGCAUACAUUGAUUACCUCUCUCACCUCAAUGAGGACAACAACACAAGAGUUCUGUUUGAGAGGGUUUUAACAUCUGGAAGUCUGUCACCCGAAAAGUCUGGGGAGGUUUGGGCCAGGUUCUUGGCCUUUGAAAGCAACAUUGGUGAUUUAGCAAGUAUCUUGAAGGUGGAGAGAAGACGCUUCACAGCCUUUAAAGAGGAGUAUGAAGGCAAGGAGACGGCGCUGCUCGUGGAUAGAUACAAGUUCAUGGACCUCUAUCCCUGCUCUGCCAGUGAGCUCAAAGCCCUGGGCUAUAAGGACGUAUCUCGUGCCAAACUCGCAUCUCUAAUUCCGGAGGCGGUGGUAACGCCGUCUGUGCCGACACUGAAAGACGAGGCUGACCGAAAGCCUGAAUACCCGAAACCCGACACUAAUCAGAUGAUCCCCUUCCAGCCGCGCCACCUGGCCCCACCAGGAUUGCACCCUGUUCCAGGAGGUGUCUUCCCUGUGCCCCCUGCUGCUGUUAUCCUCAUGAAACUGCUGCCCCCGCCCAUCUGCUUUACGGGUCCCUUUGUGCAGGUAGAUGAGCUUAUGGAGUCCUUCCGAAGAUGCACACUUCCAGACACAGUGGAAGCCGCCGUGGAGAUCAUCACAGGGAGGCAACCAGAGCUCGCCGGCGAGGGAAACGGCCCUGUGGAGAGCAACGCCAUCGCUAGCAAGGCCCUGAAGAGGCCCAACGCCGACUCGGACGAGGAGGAGGACAAGGGCACUGCCGCACCCCCUGUGCACGACAUCUACCGGGCGCGGCAGCAAAAAAGGAUCCGGUAAGCUGGAGGGCGGGGCGCCCUGGACCCAGCUCACCCCACGGGAUUUGAGUAGCUGUUCAAGACCCAGCCAUCAUCUGGCACAAGGGCAGGCCGCUGAGAGGGACCAUCAGCAGCGUCUGGUGCCGCCCGAGCCGGAAGCCUGGCAUCUCAUAGAUCAGUUUUUCCCAAUCCAGUCCUCGGGGACCCACAGCCAGUCUACGUUUUUGGUCUCUCUGUGCUCCCUGCCAGACGGUCCACAUUUUUGCUACCAAGAGCUAGGAGGGAGCAAAAACGUGGACUGGCUGUGGGUCCCCGAGGACCAUCUUGUGAAACACUGUCAUAGAUGAAGAUUACUUGACAAGGACAUUUCAGAGUCUGUAUGCUAUUCUUUGCAUCGAGCUUUUUUAUUUUAUUUUUUUUAACAGUUUCUUUUUAAAAAGACAGUGGCUUAUUCUGUACAAAUUUUUAAAAUCACACACCUUGGUUUACACCGCAUUGGCCAUCUCUGUGUAGUUCUGAAGCUGGUGGCAAGGUUGAUUCUUUCCUGUGAAAUGGAGUAAACUCAGUUCCUUCCAAUAAAAAAGGGAAAAAACCUCA